GGGAGGAUAAAGAUUGUCGGCACGACAUGAGCAUGGUAUUAUUUCUGAUAGCGGCCGCUACUUUUCCGAUUUCGAAACGGUUUGAUGUAGAACCUUUUUAUCUGUUGAUAGAAAUUGUCUUGGAAACAUAAUAUUUUUGUGUUGAUAGAACACCCCGAACCCUCCAUCAUUGUUCAUAUGAGUAAGUACAUACUUGAUCGUGAAUCGUCUUCUUCGACGCCAUACAUUCUUGCGAAAAUUUUAUCGCUUGUCUAAUUUGCUUGUCCUCGUUGUCCAUAUCGUGGAUGAAAAAGAAAGAGAUUUUUUCCGACUGAUCUGUUAGAGAAAUAUACAUAGUAGGCUCACAUAAACACCCUGUUGAUUUUUGAUUUGAUCCUCGAAAGAAAUUGUCCCACGAAAAUGUCGCGAUCCUCAUUGGAUGCGUUGCGUGAUCUGCUCGGCUCCGUGGGUGUUUGUGGGUCGUGCUCAGAAACUGGAGCCACCUCAUUGAAACUGAAAGGGUGUCCAGAUUUUGACUCUUGUUGUGCAGCAGGGCGUGUUGGGUGCAUGAGCGCGGAUGGCCGCUAUUCGACGCAGCCUGUGGCUUCACAGGAAACGAAGAAUAACGAUCGCGUCCAGAACGAAGGAGAAGCCCAGCUUUGUGUCGAGUUGUCGCUGGAAGAGCGCAAAGACGCCUUGAUAGCUCGACGCGCGGAGCUCUUUGCGAAAAAUUUAUCCGUCUCCUACAGCAACGUGAAGCCGCUGUGGAUCGUUCGGGGUGAGGGGCAAUACCUCAUUGACGAGACUGGGCAGAAGUACCUGGAUACGCGAAACAAUGUCCCGCAUGUGGGUCACGCUCACCCGCGAGUGGCUGCGUCGAUUGCGCGCCAAGCAUCGCUGCUGAAUACGAACACGCGAUACCUGCAUGAAAAUAUGGUUUUGCUGGCGGAGCGGAUACUCGCGUACUCAAAUUUGCGCUAUGACAUAGCACCUGACGGACUUUCUAGUAAGGUUAUCUUGCCUUCGCCCGGUGACGGGAGAAAAAAGUUCUCGAAGGUUUUUUUCGUAAAUUCUGGUUCGGAAGCUAAUGACUUAGCAAUGCGCCUGGCUGAAACGUACACGGGACGGAAAGAUUUUGUCUCGGUUCAACACGGCUACCACGGUCACACCCGCUCUGUCGUGGACAUAUCCCCCUACAAGUUCGUGCGACAACAGGCCUAUAUCGAAGUCAUUCCGCAACCUGAGCCACUCUCGCCGGGUCGAGGAGGGACUCCAUACUCCCCUCAAAGAAGCCCAGCAAAUUCUCGAAACGCAGAUGUGAUAGAUGCAGCAGCGCCACAAGCGACUACGGAGAACUGUAUUUCGCUUCGGAAGUUGACGCAAGCCUGCAGUCGGAGAAGCUUUGCUGCCAUGUUCAUCGAGAGCGGAAUGUCUGUGGGAGGAGCGGUCACAUUGCCUAAUGGCUACCUUUAUGGUACAAGGAGCUCUAAAAACAAAGAAUAAGGAGUUAUCUUAGAAAGGAAAAUCUAGUGCUUCAUUCUUGUUUUCAUCAGCUCGCCCCAUGUAAGCAACGUGAAUCUUUAUCUUCUUUUACUCGUGCUUUAUUUUGUCUUUGGUAUUGUUCCUAUCCAUAGCCAUAGUACACCUUGUGGUCCAAGAUGCACCACGAUCAAUUUGGUCCAAUUUUUCUGAUUUCUAAUAUCUAGACGCCUGUGCAGAGGUCCUGCAGGACCGCAAUGGUGGUAUUCUCGUUCUCGACGAGGUGCAAGUUGGAUUCGGGCGUUAUGGCACGUCUUUUUGGGGGUGGCAGUCUCAAAUGUCCCCCGAAGGAGGGCGUGCGCCUGACAUCAUCACGUGCGGUAAGCCUAUGGGCAACGGUAUGCCACUCGCGUGUGUCAUCACGACCAAGGAGAUAGGGGAAUGCCUCGGGAAGGAGUACUUCAAUACCUUCGGCGGAAAUCCAGUGUGUUGUGCAGCCGGGAUCGCGGUGCUCGACGUGCUGGAGGAAGAAAAUCUGAUGGCGCGCGCGAUUGAGAUUGGUGCGUACCUCAGGAAGGUAAUGCGCGAGAAACUUGGCUCAAAAGACAAAAUUAUCGCAGCGGCUCGAGAACAAGUUCUUUCUCAAGCUAGUUGUAGACGUAGAGUACAUGUGGAUGUGGAAAACGUGAACGAUAAGUUGGACGUGAUUCUCGAGAAAAAUGACUCAAAGUUGUGGUCAGCUGCUCCGACUAUGGAAGUUGUUGUCGUGCGGUCUUCCGACUCUCUGUCCACAGUGCCCGGCCCUGCGUCUUCAGCUAGCAGCAGCGCUGAAAAUGAUCAUCUCCCCACAUCUCCCUCUUUCGCUUCCUUGACGGCAUUCAGCAACACCACGAUGCCGCUGGGCGGAAACUUCAACCACAAUAUUGGUGGUGCGGCUGUAAAGCUUAACGGAGACGUUGUCAUCCUGAAGGAGGCACGUGGGUCCGGUCUCUUCAACGGCCUUGAAUUCAUUGUUGAGAAUGAUGGGCGCCCGGCGACAGCGGCGACCAGCUUCAUCUGCCAGCACAUGAUGCGCCAUUACAAGAUCCUGACGAGCAUAGACGGACCCAAUGACAACAUCCUGGUGGUGAAGCCACCUAUGGUUACGGCUCACUUUUUGCCACUCAACAAUGUAGAACUACAGCAACAUAGUUUUUGUUUUUGUUUUCAUCAAUUUGAAAUUUACUGUUCAUGUCCUUCUCCCGGUGCUUCUUCCAACAUAAGUAAUUGCUAUAGUUGAGGGGCUCUGUUCUUCUUGCACCUGUAACUAACGACGCAAUAGAUACCACGCGAUAACUAUGCAUAGCAGAGACUGAGAUCUUUAUACAUAGGAUACAACUGGACUCCAGCAAUCGUACUAUCUGCUUUCUAGUACCCUUGCUUCUACACAUUCUCUAACGCGAUCUUUACAAAGGAGAACUGCGAUACCUUUGCAGAAGCGUUGUUCGAAACCCUCGUGGACAUUGCGGCUGGCCAGACUGCUGUCCAAAAAUAUGGCCACACGCCGACCUAAUAAAUUAUAAGCGAGGCCAACUGAGACUGUUCUUAACUCGUCUUGUAGUAUUGAUAAUUGGAGUUUGCAAGUCCCAGCCUCUACUAGAGAUUUAAUUGCUCUAGGCCAGCUGAACUUUCCUGUGCCUGCGUAGUAUCAAUAACCGAGAGAGAGAAUUAUAAUUGCAGCUGCUAACCGGAGCUCUUUUGAUAAGGAUAGAGAUUAAGAUUGAAGAUAAGUUUAGAGCGCACUGACUUCGCGAUUCCGCCUCCUCGCCUUUUUGUUUGUGCAGCGCGUUGUGCUUCUACAAAGUCCGCUGCACCAAUCGCGCUAUAAUUGCUUUUACAACCAUGCCUAUGCCAAGAGCUCUCGUUUGUGCCAUAUGCAUCUACUAACUUAGAUAGGUUUUGACGUACCGAAUCGACUAACAUCAUCAGAUAUGUUUUGACUCAAUGAAUACCCGGACCUGUAGUUUUGAGUCAGAUUUCGCGUCAAUACUUAACUAAAAAUGCCCUCUCGCUCUCCCCAUAUCUAACUCAAUAAGCCGUGCCCUCGAAGAUGGUUCGUGAAAUUGAAAGACCUUGCAGGAAAUAUCAAGAAAAGUAGAGCAAGAGUAUGAAUAAUCUUGCACAUCAGUUACCGCAACUGCAACAAGUCGAUUGUUAUUAUGUCAUAAUGUUGAUUUAUUCGUGGUAUGCCUAUUUGCUUCGAUAUAUUGUCGGGUGGAUAUUCGUCCACUCCUCUUAUUUUCAGUACAACAGUCUUUUGUGGCAUUUCUGUCGUGAUGAUGUCGAAAUGUUGUUAGACUCUUGUGCUCUUAUAAAAUAUAUCAUGCGGACAAGUUGAACUUGUGCUGUGACAGACUAGAGUGAGUGCUGAUUUUCAAGUAUGAUGCCAAUUUGAUGUUGAGCAAGAAUAAACCUAUUAAACAAAUUGAUCAUUUUCCUUUAACUUUGUUGUUCCAGCAAAAGUAGAAGUGUCAGAGUCUAUUUCUGGUAGUAAGCAAGUAGUAGAACCAAGAAGUACAAGAAGUCCUAGUCUCUUCUCUACGCCAGCACCUCUGAAGAACUUUCUAUAAUUUCUGCGUCCCCGUCAGCACAUAGGCGAGCACGUCGUGCAUACCAUGGCGCAGGGUGACGCUCCUCGCGAUGUCCGUCAACCCAGUUGACUUCACGUGCUCCCAGCAACGCUCCGCAGGGUUUUCGGAGACAUCUUAAAUUGUAAAUCGCCCAUUUUUCCUCGCAUCAGAGAAAGAACAAGUCAAGCGGAUGUCACUGAGAAAUGUAACCUCCAUCUGUAUUUCUCAAUGAUACUUUUUCAAAAAUAAAUGACACACUAGCACGCAUGAAAAAAAUGAUGACUUGCUUGUUGUUGUUUCCAAGACAUUCACAUAGUUAGAAGUAAUGCAUCACUCGUGUGUAGUAUGGUCGCAACCGCGCGGUCGUGAUAAGCACAAAAAAAAGGUAAUUUUUGGGAAGACUUCGCUCAAUUAAGGACAAAGACUGUACCUACUGUUGAAGCCGAUGGCUGUGUUCUAUUGUGGAAGUGGAUGCGGAUGAAGCUGG